CUAACGAACUUAUUAUUAUUUAUCCUCGCAAUGGAAAUAAAUACAUUAAGAGUAGAAUCAAGCCUAUGGAUCGGAAAUCAGCGAUACCGGGCAACUCUCAGUGGCUGGUACUUCAGCUGGACUGAACUUGACAAGAAGAACAGAGAGAAGAAAACCGUUUCAGUGCCGGUGGCAGAGGUGAUUGGAGUUGAGGAUGGGCGAGUGGAGGUUCAACCCCAAAAGAAAGUGGAGGACACUGACCGGGAGUUCACCUUGUUUUAUGUGAAGCGCAGUGGUCGUGGAAGCAGCCAGAAGGGGCUGUGGAGUUUGGGCAGGACCCAUUUCAGAUGUCCCAGCCGCGACCUCCGAGACCAGUGGGUGACGCAGCUAAGAACGGCCCUCAAAACCCACAGUCCCUCUCGCCCCCACAAACUGCUGGUGUUCAUUAAUCCGUUUGGAGGAAAGAAGAGAGGGAAACAGAUCUACCACUCUCUGGUGGCUCCUCUCUUGGAGCUGGCUGGCAUCAGCUCUCAUGUUGUCGUUACAGAGCGAGCCAACCAGGCGAGAGACCAUAUCCUGAAGAAAGACCUCACAGGCUUUGAUGGAGUGGUGUGUGUGGGCGGAGAUGGAAUGUUCAGCGAGUUGCUGCAUGGCGUGAUUGGGCGAACGCAGCAGGAGGCAGGCCUCUCGGAGCACGACUCCAGUGGAGUGUUGCAGUCAUGUGACCUGCAUAUUGGGAUCAUUCCAGCAGGCUCCACGGACUGUGUGUGUUUUGCCACCGUGGGUGUGAAUGACCCAGUCACCUCAGCUCUCCAUAUCAUCAUUGGAGACUCGCAGCCCCUGGAUGUGUGCGCCGUGCACCACAAGUCCUCCCUGGUGCGCUACUCCGUGUCUCUGGUGGGUUAUGGCUUUUACGGCGACGUGCUGGCGGAGAGCGAGCGACAUCGCUGGAUGGGCCCGCUGAGAUAUGACUACGCAGGAUGUAUGGUGUACCUGUGUAACCAGAGCUAUCAGGGCACUGUGCAGUUCCUUCGUGCUGAUCCUGGACUCUCGAGCCCCAGGGACAAAACCCGCUGUCUCUCUGGGUGCAGUGUGUGCUCAGAGAGUAAAGAGAGGCUCUUUCCACUCUCAGACAGUUGCUCCCUGUACAGUGACAAGCUGAGCCAGUACAGCGAGCAGUCAGAAGGCGAGUGGACGAGUGUUUCAGGCCGCUUCAAGAGUAUCUCCCUCACCUGUAUGUCCAGCUCCUGUCCUAAGAGUCCUCUAGGCCUCUCGCCGUCUGCACACCUGGCUGAUGGGACAGGUGACCUCAUCCUGGUGCGGGACACAAACCCUCUGGCCUUUCUCACAUACCUCCACCGCCACACCACCUCCCAGGACCAGUUUGACCUGCCUUUCGUGGAAGUGCACCGCGUCAAGGCUGUUCGGUUCUCCCUGCCCCUUGGUGAAGAGGACGAAGAGGACGAGAGGACAGAGCAGAACAUAGAAGAGGGGGUGAUGGAGCAUCCUGAUAAGCCGUGCGUGCAGAGCCCCAGCAGGAGCAUUUCUCAGCAGCACCUGGCAGGCCCUGCUCGGGAGCGAGGAACGCCGAACAACAGGAAGAAGAGGGACUUCCUGUGUGGCCUUUGCUGCAGUAAGCCCCCGGCGGUCUCGGUGUGGAACUGCGACGGAGAGCUUCUGCCCCACACGGAGAUCUCAUGCAGGGUGCACGGGCAGCUUGUGCGUCUCUAUGCCCGGGGCAUAGAGGACGAGCUGAGGAUCUGGGGCCUGUGUGAAGACAGCAGGAACUGCAACGGCAAAUGUGUGCUGCACAGUCAAUGAAGCCACAGUCUUCAAGUACCCCGUGUCUGUCACGUACACGGGGUACCCUACAGAUGAACUAGGCUGAAUAUGUGCUGGUGAAGGUCCAAUUAAUGGCUGUCUCAAUUGUUCAAUUCACUCAAUUGGUGAGUGUUUCUGUUUCUGAGUUAGCAGCAGACUAUUUCUACUUAAAAAUCUAAGACAAUGUUACAUUUUUACAUAUUGUUGUGAAAGUUAAUACUACAUUUAGGAAAUGUGUGGUUGUUUUGUAGAUACUACAUGUAGCUGUGCAUCCAGGUUUGAUAAACAGGGAGGUAUCAAGGUGUCAUACAUGCUGAACAUUGCUGCCUUAUGUACCUGUACUGGUGCCUUAAGGCCAGCGCUUCAAUGUGUUAAUAUAACUUUGAAAUGGUUUGUGUUAACGUGUUUUAUCUUGGUUUAAAUUAUACACCACAAGUUGGUAUGAGGUAGCAAGAGCUUUUUUUUUUU